CACGGGUCAUGCGGUGUCGUCUGAUCAAGAAAACACGCUAUCAACGCGAUCACCGGGCGCGCAGAAAUUAUACUAGUCAUUAUGUUCGGAGGCGCGCUCAUCGUACACUCACUGAACGCCGACGGCCAAACCGCACUAAUCCCUAGGCUUUGAAUCUAACACGCAGCGAAGAUCUCGACGCCAGUCUACUUUUCACGACAACGUUCGCCCGGAACGCGAAGGAGACAACGAAACACGGCCCUGAUUUUCUGUCGACGCGUUUAUACAGGUAGCAGCUAGUAGUCAAACUUGUUUUCGGGGCUCUCUGAUAAAAGUGCCGCGGCAGCGUCCACGCAGCGAUGGAAGUUCGCGUCAUUUCGAGAGUGCUGCUCAUCGCCCUUUUGGACCACUGCUUGGCGGCAAGUGCAGAUGUCUCGGCAUGCCUGGACGCUCGGAACCACAAGAGCGAGCCUGGCCCGGAAUCGAGCCUUUACGGUCACUGCACGCCAUGGAAGGACCACGCGUGUUGUACAGAGCAGACGACGCACGACGUGCACCACAAGGACAUGUACAGCAUGUCGCUGGACUUCUGCGAAGGUCAAACCGGUCGCAAGAUGUCCAACGCUUGCCGGGAGCACUUCCACAAGGACCUCUGUUUCUACGAGUGCGAACCCAACAUCGGGCCCUGGAUCGUCAAGGUGGACCGCAAGAUAGGCAAGGAGCGCUUCUUCGAGGUGCCGCUGUGCUACAGUGACUGCCUCGCGUGGUGGAACGACUGCAGAAACGAUUACGCCUGCACCCCGAACUGGCCGAGGGGAUUCGUGUUUUACGGAGGGACAAACCAUUGCCCCAAGGCAGCGACGUGCGUCACCUUCGAGAAGAUGUACUCGGGUGCGGCCGACUUCUGCAGCAAGGUUUGGGACCACUCGUGGAAAGUGGUGCCGGACGACACGCCCUGCAUGCACAUCUGGUUCAACGACACCAACGGCGGGAACCCCAACAAAGCCGUCGCCGAGUACUACUACAAACGGGCAAAGCCGACCGACGGCUACCCUGAGCUGCCCAACGCCGCCGCCCACGUCGUGUCCUCAGUGGCCGCUCAGCUCGUCUUGUUGCUGGCAACUUCGACAGCUGUCCUCGCGCUGGCCGCUGUGUCUCAAAGUUGUUGAGUGAAUGCGGCGCAUUCAUAAUCAUCCUGGCACGCGCGCGCGCCACUCAGGACUGGAUCAUAAAUUGACGCGUGAAUCAUUCCACGACAUACCCGCAAAACGCCAGAUGCGGGAAUGCCAAGCCUGUAAGCGUCAUCUAAUGCAGGGUGAUCGUCGAUCGAUGCGCUUAGAAAGGCUUGGGCGGAAAUACGAAAGGCAUUUCCGGCUGGCACAACGACGCUGGUAAUUGAGUAUAACCAAGCGUGUCCUUUCAUCAAAAGUGUUGUGUGCAGCUAAUCAUGUUACAGCUAACCGUGUCACAUGUCACUUUUACUUCUUGGGAAUGUUCUUUGGCCUGAAGUUGGUGCAGCUUCAUAUUUUUGCUACUUAUGCGAAGGCAGCUAAUUUUAAAUUCAAUAAAACUUUCGAACAGCUACUGC